AUGUUUCCACAUACAGGCUCAGAUGAGCCAUGGUGGGAGACCAUCGACGCUGCACCGGCUGAUGUAGUCACCUAUAUUGUUCAGCGAGAGGAUACCGAAGGCCAACUGGUGCCCGUAAAGUUCCAUGACGGCCGUUCUCUGAAUCUGUGUCUCCUGGUGAAACGCGACAACCGCAAGAAGCACAACUCACACGAGUGGUUCUUCUCCUGUGCGAAGGUGUUUGGUGCCAAGUACGCAUUGACGACAGACUGCGGCACCCUCUAUGACUCGGAGUGCACUUAUAGACUUUUGCGACAUAUGGAGGAAAAUGAGGGCGUUCAGACCUGCACGGGUCGACAGCGGGUCAUGUCCAUGGGGAUGCAGGAGGUUGAGAAAGGGGAUUCUCUUAUGGAAAUGUGGUACCGAUCUAUUCAAGCAUUUGACUACGAGGUGUCAAUUACCUCAUUCCAGGCUGCAUUCGCACUAGUAGGGUUCCUGCCUGUCAUACCCGGGCCGUUGGGCAUGUGGCGCAUGGAGGGGCUGGACGAUGCACUGGAACAUUACUAUACUAUCGCGAGCGCCAAGCAGACUGGGGAACUCAUUCAGGGCAACCUUCUCUUGGCCGAAGAUCGCAUCCUCUCAUACGGCGCAGUGUUCUUCACCAAAAAGAGGGCAGAUUGGGUUUAG